AUGCCCCGCUCAACAUCUCGCUCCCCGAGUGUCGACUCGCGCAGCCCGUCGCCGGAGACGUCGAAGCGCAAGAGGUCCCCCUCGGCUUCUCCUCGAGCCCGGUCGCCCUCUCCUCCCGCGAGGCGUCGCAGGGAUCGAUCGCCCGAUGAAGAGCCACCGCGUCGCAGUGAGGUCAAGGAUGCAGGCGAGAACGGAAACGGCACUGUGGCUGCGCCGAGCGCCGAUGCUCGCGCCGAGUUCGCGCGCCUCCUUGGCUCCCGCUCAGGAGGCGCGUAUAUCCCUCCCGCUCGCCUGAGGGCGAUGCAGGAGCAAGCGAGCAAGGACAAGACGAGUCCCGAGUACCAGCGCAUGUCGUGGGAUGCCCUCCGCAAGAGCAUCAACGGUAUGAUCAACAAGGUCAACAUCACCAACAUCAAGCACGUUGUGCCGGAGCUGUUCGGCGAGAAUCUGAUCCGCGGUAAGGGCCUGUUUGCGCGCAGUGUGAUGCGUGCGCAGGCCGCUUCUCUGCCGUUUACGCCUAUCUUUGCUGCUCUCGUGGCCAUCGUGAACACGAAGCUGCCCCAAGUCGGCGAGCUUGUCCUCACCCGUCUUAUCGCCCAGUUCCGCCGUGCGUACAAGCGCAACGACAAGAAUGUGUGCAACGCCACGUCAACUUUCAUUGCGCACCUCGUGAACCAAUAUGUCGCCCACGAGAUUGUUGCGCUCCAGAUCCUCCUCCUCUGCCUCGAACGCCCGACGGACGAUUCGGUCGAAGUCGCGGUCAGCUUCAUGCGCGAGGUUGGUCUUUUCCUGUCCGAGAACUCGCCGCGGGCCAACACCAUGGUGUUCGAGCGUUUCCGCGCUGUUCUCCACGAGGGUGCCAUUUCAAAGCGCUGCCAGUACAUGAUCGAGGUGCUCUUCCAGGUUCGCAAGGACAAGUACAAGGACAACCCGAUGAUCCCCGAGGGUCUCGACCUGGUGGAAGAAGAGGAACAGAUCACGCACAGGAUCUCACUCGACGACGAGUUGAAGGUUCAGGAGGGUCUCAAUCUGUUCAAGGUGGACCCUAACUUCUUGGAGAACGAGGAGCGUUACAACGAGAUCAAGCGAGAGAUUCUCGGCGAUUCCGACGACGAGGAUUCAGGCAGCGGAAGCGAUUACGAUUCUGAUUCUGAGUCGGAGGACGACGUCGCACCCGAAAAGGAGGGUAUUACCGACAUGACGGAGACCAAUCUCAUCAACUUGCGACGGACGAUCUACCUCACAAUCAUGAACUCCCUCAACUUCGAGGAGGCCGUCCACAAGCUGCUCAAGGUCAACAUUCCAGAGGGUCGCGAAGUCGAGCUCGUCAACAUGAUCAUUGAGUGUUGCUCGCAGGAGCGUACCUACAAGGCGUUCUUCGGCUCUAUCGGCGAGCGCUUCGCGAAGCUGAACCGCAUUUGGACCGAUUUAUUCCAGGACGCCUUUCAGCGAUACUACGACACCAUUCACCGAUACGAGACGAACAAGCUCCGAAACAUUGCCCGCUUCUUUGGUCACAUGCUGGCGUCGGACGCUAUUUCCUGGGCUGUUCUGCACGUUGUUCAUAUGAAUGAGGAGGAGACGACGUCGUCUUCGCGUAUCUUCGUCAAGAUUGCCUUCACCGAGGUCAAGGAGGAGCUGGGUCUGAAGAAGCUGGUCGAGCGCCUGAAGUUCCCGGACCUGCAGCCGGCCUUUGCGGGCAUGUUCCCGACCGACAACCCCCGAAACACUCGUUUCUCGAUCAACUAUUUCACGCAGAUCGGCCUCGGUGCUGUUACGGAAGAUAUGCGCGAGUGGCUGCAAAAUGCUCCGAAGCUGCUGGCUGAGCAGAGAGCUGCCGCCCAGGACAGCUCAGACAGCGAUUCGUCGUCUGUGCUGUCGAGCUCGGAAAGUGACCUUUCUAGCUCCGACUACUCGUCCGACGACUCGCGGUACCGCCGCCGUCGGCGUUACUCGAGUGACUCGCGAUCUCCGCCACGCCGCAGGCGCUAUAGCUCCGAUGACUCGCGGUCGCCUUCUCCGCGCCGUAGGCGGUAUAGUUCGGACGACUCUCGUUCGCCAUCUCCGCGCCGUAGGCGAUACAGCUCGGAUGACUCGCGAUCUCCCCCUCCUCGCCGACGCUAUUCGGAUGCUUCUGAUCGCUCGCCUCCUCGCCGGAGGCGUUACUCUGACUCUCUGACGCCGAGUCCCGACCGUCGUCGUAAGGACUCGACUCCUCCCCGCCGCCGCGACGACAGCCCCCCUCGCCGUCGGGAUAGCGUAACCCCUCCUCGACGACGACGUGACAGCCCGUCUCCGCGCCGCCGCGAUGACAGUCCUCCCCCUCGCCGUCGUAAUGACAGCCCCCCUCCGCGCCGUCGCGAUGACUCCCCUCCCCACCGUAGAAGAUAUGACGAUGACACGCCUCCCAGGCGCCGGUCACCUUGGCUUGCCGAUCACGCUGGUGCCCCACAGGUCGGUUGCAUCCGCUUCAUGUGUGCGUUCCCACUAUCAGCCCUGCCAGCCGCACUUUCAUCAUUGCAUCCUCUCUCAGCUAUCACGACGAGCAUGUCGGGAGUACGCGAAGCCUCACACGCUGGGAGCUGGUACACGAACAACAGCUCUCGACUCACCGCCGAGCUGUCGGGCUACCUCGACAAGGUGCAUCCGCUGAACAACCCUCCGUUCAGUCCCCCCGUGAAAGAGGCAAAGGCCAUCAUCGCCCCGCAUGCCGGCUUCUCCUAUUCCGGGCCGGCGGCAGCGUGGGCCUACGCGGCUGUGCCUGUCGACAAGAUCAAGCGCGUUGUGCUCCUUGGACCUAGUCACCAUGUCUACCUCUCCGGCAUUGCGCUCAGCAAGUUCGCAUCCUAUGGGACGCCCAUUGGAGAUAUCCCCCUGGAUCUGGAAGCCAUCGCCGAUCUCCGCAAGUCACGCCUAUUCUCGGACAUGAAGAGCAGCGUCGACGAGGAUGAGCACUCGCUCGAGAUGCACCUCCCUUACAUCCGCCAGGUCUUCGGCAAGCGGGACAUCAAGCUUGUGCCUCUCCUCGUCGGUCAUCCUAGCGAAGACAAGCGGAAGGCCAUAUCCGCCGCCCUCUCCAAGUACUGGAAUGACGACGAAACGUUCUUCAUCAUUUCCUCGGACUUCUGUCACUGGGGAUCGCGCUUCUCAUGCACUCCCUACUAUCCACACGCCCCCGAUCCACCUAACCCCGUGCCUCCCGUCCCAGCGAACUCUACCCCUCAGAACACGCCGACGCCUGAGCUCGUCAAGAGAUAUGCCGGUCAGAGUUCCGGCGACGUGCCAAUUUGGAAGUCGAUCCAGUACAUGGAUCAUGAAGGAAUGGAUCUCCUUCGCUCUCCUGCCAGAGACGGCGCAGUCGAGGAGUGGGAAUCGUAUCUAGCGCGCACAAAGGCGAGUAACAAACAUCCUUCACAGUGA